CUUCUUUCAGUUUGGUUUCUCUUUCUUUCGUUGGUCAUUCUGAAAGAGUCACCCUCCUUCCGAUGGGAACGCUGCAGACUUGGCGUAAAGCUUAUGGAGCCCUAAAAGACACCACCAAAGUCGGCCUUGUCCGCGUCAACAGCGAUUACGCCGAUUUAGACGUUGCCAUCGUCAAAGCCACCAACCAUGUCGAGUGUCCUCCCAAAGAUCGUCAUCUCGGAAAGAUAUUUGCUGCAACGGCGGUGACUCGUGCUCGAGCAGAUGUUGCGUAUUGCAUUCACGCCCUUUCUCGCCGCUUGCAUAAAACCAGAAACUGGACGGUUGCUCUGAAGACGCUGAUUGUGAUUCAUCGACUUCUAAGGGAAGGAGAUCCCACGUUUAGAGAGGAGCUACUUAAUUUUUCCCAGAGAGGGAGGAUUCUGCAGCUUUCUAACUUCAAGGAUGAUUCAAGCCCUAUCGCCUGGGAUUGUUCAGCUUGGGUACGUACUUAUGCGUUGUUUCUUGAGGAGCGGCUUGAGUGCUUCAGGGUUUUGAAAUAUGAUACUGAGGCUGAGCGUCUUCCUAAGGCUACCCCAGGGCAGGAUAAGGGUUAUAGUAGAACCAGGGAUUUAGAUGGUGAAGAGCUCUUGGUCCAGUUGCCAGCUUUGCAGCAGCUUCUCUAUCGUCUCAUUGGUUGCAGGCCAGAAGGUGCUGCUAACCACAACCAUGUUAUACAAUAUGCACUUGCUCUGGUGUUGAAGGAGAGUUUUAAAGUAUAUUGUGCUAUCAAUGACGGAAUUAUCAAUCUCAUUGACAAGUUCUUUGAAAUGCCAAAACACGAAGCCAUCAGUUCCCUUGAAAUAUACAAGCGUGCUGGUCAACAGGCGCGUAGCCUUUCUGAAUUCUAUGAAGCCUGUAAAGGAUUGGAACUCGCUAGGAAUUUUCAAUUUCCUGUACUUAGAGAGCCCCCACCAUCUUUUCUGAGUACAAUGGAGGAGUAUAUUAAAGAAGCACCCCGUGCGGUGGAUGCCCCAGCUGAGCCACUGCUUCUAACUUAUAGGCCGGAUGAUGGACUUCCUGACGAAGAUGCUGAACCGUCUCAUGAAGAACGUGAAGUUGUGUUGCCUUCAGAUGAUGUCGUUCUUGUAUCUGAAGAUACUGAACCUUCUCCCCCGCCUCCUCCUCCUCCUCCUCCUCCUUCAGCCAGCACUCAGUCUCAGAACAUCAUUGAUACUGAUGAUCUACUGGGUCUGAACUCUGGUGGUCCUGAUGCAUCAGCGAUUGAGAACCAAAAUGCACUUGCUUUAGCCAUAAUCCCAACCGAUGAUAACCCUGCAACACCACGUUUUGGUCACGCAAACGAUUAUGACCCAUCAGGAUGGGAGCUUGCACUGGUAACAACACCAAGCAACGAUAUCUCUGCAGCCACCGAUAGGCAGUUGGGUGGAGGCUUAGACACACUUACGCUGAACAGUCUGUACGAUGAUGGAGCCUACAUAGCCUCCCAACGUCCUGUCUACGGUGCACCAGCUCCCAACCCAUUUGAGGUCCAUCAUGACCCUUUUGCAUCAUCAUCCAAUGGCAUUCAGACACCUCAGCAGCCAGCUGUCAACAACCCUUUUGGUGCUUACCAGCCAACUUAUCAUCAUCAGGAGCAGCAGCAACUACAGCUAGCACUCCCAAACCCCACAGCCAAUAAUAAUAAUUACAGUAAUAAUCCAUUUGGUGAUUUCGGGGAAUUUCCGGUUAACCCGGUUUCACAGCAGCCAAAUACGAGCGGGUUUGGUGAUUUUGCGGUUAACCAACAUAAUAAUAACCCCUUCCGCAGCACUGGUCUCCUUUGAUUUGUAUCUUUAUUGUUGUUAUUUGUGAGUAAUAUAGAAUCCCACAUGUUUGGUUUGAUCUAUCUGUUAUGUCUUGUAGAAUAUAUAUAUAUAUAUAUA